AUGUCCUUCCAACAAAUAUCCAAUAAUGGUUAUAAAUUUCUGACGCAUUAUCCACGGCAAAACAAAUACUGGAAAGCUGCCAGUAAAGCCACUCUAGGGGCAGUUGGCUUAUGGUCAAAACUUACGUUAGGUGCUAUUUCAACACCAAAAAUGCAUAAUACGGAUAUUCUCACGGAGGCCUAUCGAACUAGUAAGCUGGAGAACCGAGGAUUAUUAACAGUCAUGAAUCAUACUUCAGUUUUGGAUGAGCCACUCGUAUGGGGUGGACUUUUACCUGUUCGACAUUACUUCAUGAAGGAUGGACUGAGAUGGGCUUUAGGAGCAGAUAAUGUGUGCUUCAAGAAUUCUUUUACAAAAAUGUUCUUCUCAUUGGGACAAGUCCUUGCUACUAAGAGGUUUGGAGUGGGACCAUUCCAGGGAUCAAUUGAUGCUAGUAUUAAUUUGUUGUCGUCGAAUCAAACCAAAUACUCUGCAGAAUCAGAGAGUAAUAAUGGUAAAGGAGGAAUAGUUUUGUCAGCAUCGGCUGCCUCUGAUUCUGAUUCGAUUCCUAUGAACAAAUCCAUUAUAGACAGACCAGGAUGGGUGCACAUUUUUCCAGAGACAUUUGUCCACCAACCAUAUCCCCCUCAUCAGCAUACUUUAAAAUAUUUCCACUGGGGUGUUAGCAGGCUUAUUCUUGAAUCCAGUCAACCUCCUAUUGUAGUACCUAUAUAUACACAUGGUCUUGAGAAAAUCAUUCCUGAAGAUGAAUCUUACAUUGGAGGGCUGAGAAAAAGACUGGGAAGUAAAGUGGAGUUUAACGUUGGAAUGCCCUUGGACGAGUCGGCAGUAGCAUCAUUCCGGAAGGAAUGGCUUGGAAUGGUUAGAGACCAGCAUAAACAAGGUGCUAUUCAAGCCUUGGACAUUUCAAAUAACAUUUAUGAGUCACUAAAUGAACCACUUAUGACUGGCACCGCAGCACGAGACCUACGGUCGCGGGUGGCAGCAUUUGUGAGAGAAGGUGUCGACGCUACAAGAUUGCAGCUUGGAUUCGAACAAUCAGAUCCCAGAAUGGCUGAUGCAUCGUUCUGGCACAACCAAAAAGAAGUCAGAUUAGCUGGCAAAAUGCAUAAUAGGUCGUGA